CCUAGCACCUCUCCAUUUCACGCCUGCCUCAGGCUCUCCCCUCGCCUCUCCCUUCCUUUCACACGCGUGCGGAUCCUCUCGAGACCUGUGUGUCAGUCUCGCCGCCUCGCAACACGUUCACGAUGGCGCCCGCUCCUCUGCGCCUGGAGCGCUCGGCACUGUCGCCUCCCACCCUCGAGGUGCCUGCUCGCGACGACGGCUCGGCUGAUCCCACGACGCCCGUCAACCGCACCUUCACGCUCGACACGCUCGAGAAGCCCGUCUACGCCACUGCCGUGCUCUCGGCGGGCUCAGACGCCGUGCUGCUCGCUCGCCGAGCUCGCGCUCGCGCAGCCAGCGAUGCGCGCAUCCGUCUCGAGGCCUCCAUGCAGCCGGCGCCCAUGAAGCCGACGGUGGCAAGUCCCGGCUCGCCGCAGAUCGACCUCGAGUCGUCGAGCGACGACGAGGUGGAGCGCGCGUGGAUCGCAGCCACCGGCAGCGAGAGCAGCUUUGAGUCGCCGUCCGUCGCACGUCGCUUCCGCAUGGACUCGAACUCUGCUUGGCAGGGCGUGCCCACCUCGCCGGCACACGACUACGUCGACCUCGGCAAGCUGACACCGAGCGAGCUGGACGGCCUGCAGUCGCCGGUCUCAACGGGCAAGGGCAAGCAGCGCCAGCUCUCGCCGCAGCACGCUCCGCUCUCCAAGAGCCGCAGCGGCUCGGCGCUGUCCAAGGUGUCGCUUCUGGACGGCAUCCAGCCGCAGCUCGACCUCAACCGCCCGCGCAGCACCACGCUCUCGAUCCCGUCUGGCCGCGGCUCAAUGUCGCGCGCCCGCUCCGGCAGCAUCCUCGGCCAGUUCAACCGCACCUCGCACGACUCGCCUGCGGCCUUCUCGCCCCGCACGCCGACGCUCGAGCUGCCCAGCUCGCCGCGUCCCACGCAGCUGCCCUGGCUCUCGCGCGCCAGCUCGAACACGUCGCUCAGCAACCUCUACGAGUCGUCGCCAGUCUCGUUCCCGCAGCAGCCGCGCCGCUCCGCGCUCAGCAAGCUCGCGAUGAAGAGCAACGUCGGCGAUGACUCGGAGCACGACAAUUCGAUGGCCACGACCAACUCGCGCUCGACGGCGGACACGCCGGACCACUCCUUCGCCUCGACGCACGACUCGUCGCUCGGCGCGACGCCCGACACGUCGGCCGGCAGCAUCAUGCACGACGACAAGGCCGGCCACGGCAGCCGCCGCAGCAACAACACGGCGGACCUGAGCAUCAGCGACAUGAGCGCCGCCGACUCGAGCGCCGAGCUCAGCCGCGAUUCGUACGGCAGCAACUACAGCAACGUCAAGUCGGCCGGCCGCGUCCACGUGCUGCACCCUCUUGUGCAAGCACCGUCGUCGAGCCCUCCGCCGUCGCCCGAGGGCCUCGGCAUCUUCGGCGGCGGCCGCGUGAGCGCCAGCGGCCUCCGUCCCAAGUCGCACACCGUGACGUCGAGCGAGACGCCGAUGCUGCGUCGCGCGCGCACCAACACGGCGGCCGACCCCGACGUCUUUACCUCGUCCACCGUCAAGUCGUCCGACAUGAACCCCGAGCGCUGGACCAGUCAGCGUGUGCUUCGCUCGCAGGCCGGCGGCUCCGGUGGCGAGGCCAUGUCGGCCUACGCUGCGGCGAUGAGCCGUGGCUCGGACAGCAAGGCCGACUACUCCAGCGCAAGUACGCGCCGCAUGACGGUCGGCCACCCGGCCGUUGACGCCCUCGGCAACCUGAUCUCGCAGACCAGCCUCUCGGGCCCAAGCCCGCGCCGCGGACCGAACAUCAACCUCCUGCGCCGCACUAGCCGUCUCAGCACGGACUCUGCCGAGGCCAGCCCGGGCGAGGAAGGCAGUCUGCUGGCGUUCCAGGAGCUCGUCGACCAGAUCGUCCGCUCGCCCACGACCGGCACGGAGGCCGUGGCCGUUGCUGCCGCCGUUGGUGCGGGCGAGUUCCGCCGUCUCUCCCCGUCGCUGUCGAGCCCCAAGACGACGAUGAAGAGCUCGUGCGACCUGUGCGGCUCGCUGUGUCUCGUGCUCACGACGCUCGAGCCAUGCGGCCACCGCGCGUGCCCGACGUGCACCUCGAGCGGCAUCAACCAGGUCUCGACGUCGCCGCCGCGCAAACACACGUGCGCCUCGUGCCACACGCCCGUCGAGGGCAUCUCGCUCGGCAUGCGCGAGCGCAGCGGCUCGACGGCGUCAGACAUGACCAACACCUCCGACGCCACCAGCCUCGGCCGUCCUCUUACGCCGCAGUUCGAGCUCGGCGAGAACGCCAGCGGGCUGGCGGCUCGCAAGAUCGUCGGAGGCACGCUCGCUGCGCUCGAGCUCAGCCGUGCAGCGCGCAGCAACAACAAGUACUCGGCUCUGGCCGAGGCGCGCGACAGCGAGACUCAGCCUAGUCUGUCGCCGGCCGAUGCUAGCCCGGACUCUCGGCCCUCGACCGCCAAGCCUGAAGAGACUCGCAAGACAGGCUCGCUGGCCGCCGGCGCCCGCUCGUUCUUCGUGUCGUACGGCGACGGCGCCUCGACCAAGAGCCUCUCCUCCGGCCAGCGCCUCGACGCCGGUGCAGCGCAGCCCGCACCGCUCGGCAAACACGGUAUUUCGAGCGAUGUGUUCAGCAUCAACGACGAUCGCGCACAGCGCGCUGCGGGACCCAAGACGGCCGUCACCGCGCUCAUGAGCGACAGCGCCAUGACGAGCUCGAGCCAUCAGACGAGCUUCUCUCGCACGCCGUUCGCCUUCUCCGCGAGCGAGUUCGAGAACGAGGACGACUGGCAGGGCAUCAACGGCACGGUCGUCGUGCGCGUCGACAACAUCCCUUGGACGGCGUCGUACAACGACAUUCUCGAGUGGGUGCCCGACUUCGAGGAGCUGCUGCCCGACGCCGCGCAGAUCCCGCACGCCAUCCACGUGCCCAUCGAGCUGCCGACGGGCAAGACGGCCAACUCGUGCUUCAUCGAGUGCCGCGACAAGCAGGCAGCCAUGAAGCUGAUCCGCAAGCGCAACAACCACCGCCUCUGUGGCCGCCCGGUCAGCCUCAUCCAGGCCAGCGACGACGAGCUGCUCGACGAGAUCUUUCCGACGCGUGCAUGCCGCCUGUACAACGCGAUCGACGGCACGUUCGUGUACUUUACGCCGUGGGAGCUACACGAGGUGCUCAAGCUCCUGCGCGACGGCUCGCCGCAGCUCAAGGGCCCGCUCAAAGUCGUCGAGUACUUCACGUCGAUGAUGCGUCUCGUGCCGGUCACGCUGGCGCCCGACAUGCGCAGCUUGCUCUUUGAACGUGCCAGCGGUCAGUCUGCGCCGCGAGAGGCACGAAGCACUGCCGGAGCUGACCUUCUUUCUCGCAGAAUUCGUCACGACGUGCGUCGGCGCAGUCACCGCCGUCAAGGGCCUCCGCGAGGCGCUGGACCGCCUGCUCUUCCAGAUCUGCCAGUGCGCGGCCCUGUCGAUCCCGCAGAAGAUCCGUCUGCUCGACUGCGCCAAGGACUCGCUGGCCGUCGCCACGAGCGCAGUGCCCAAGCAGCAGCGGCCGGACACCGCGAUGUCUGCCGCUGCCGGCACGGGCGGCCGCCAGCACGGCAUGGGCCGGGCUACUGCUCAGACGGCUCCUCCCGCUCCGACCUCCUUCGACGCUGGCCGCCUUCAAGUCUCGCCGCACCUCGCCUCAGCUGCACACACGACGCCUUCGCCGCGCCUCGCCGGCGGCAUGCCGAUGCCGAUGCCCAACGCCGGCUCGCCUUACUUUGGAGGCGCAGAGUGGGCGCACACCGGCCCGCUCCCUCCGCACGGCAUGAUGCCGUUCCCGCAGCAGAUGCACGCUUCGCUGGCGCUUCCGCCGAUGCCCUUCGGCGGCAGCCCGGACAUGUACGCAACGCCCGCUGGCUGGGUGGCGCCCAUGCACGGAGCGCCUCAGCAGAUGCUCAACGGCUCCGGCCUCGGCGCAGCUCAGCAGCAGCAGCGCCAGGCUCUCGAGCAGUCGCUUCUCUACCAUCAGCGCGCCCUCGCCGAGCAGCAGCACAUGCUGCGCCAGCUGCAGUUCGCCAGCAUGUCUGGCGGCGGCGCUGGCCUGCCUCAGGGCCAGGCGCAGGGAGCGUCCGACGCCCACGUCGGUUCUGGCGCGCCGCCCGGCCCGUACGGCUACGCUCCGGCCCAGCAGCAGCAGGGCUUCCACGAGCUCGUCGCGCGCGUCGCCGGCCAGAUCGCCCUCUCGCACAGCCCUCAGUAACAUCCUAUUCUGGCAUGCGGCGCCCGGCUUCCCGACGGCCCGCGCCCUGCCUCCCUACUAACGAACCACACAGCCUCUCUCUCGUCUCCUCCUGUCUUCACACACGUCUCUCACUCUGUUUCCGCAUCCGUGACUCGCUUCUUGUAUCCAGCCUCCGAGCCCAGGCCCAGCACCGCCCUUGACGGGCGCAGGCACCGCGCGGCGCCUCCGGUGCAUGUCUCCGGGCA